AUGAUAACCGUGUACUCUCUCACAAUUUUCGAAAUAGUGUCAGUUUGAUAUCAAAAGAGCACCGAUGCUGAUAACAAUCAAGCAUGCAGCUUGCGACGAAAAUUUUGAUUUGUUCGGUGGUUGGUUUGGUCGGCACGGUGAUGAUGUCAUUUAUUUUAUUCGAACCCAUGGUUAGAUUCGGCAUAAGGGAUCAAACGGCACUGAGGAAAAGAAAUGAGAUGCGAUCUAUCUAUCUGAAGAUUCCUUUCCCUUUGACCUUCAACAUAUAUUUUUUCAACGUCACUAAUCCAGAGGAGGUAACCAAAGGGGCAAAACCAAAAUUACAAGAAGUGGGACCAUACUCUUACGAUGAAUGGGUGAGCAAGGUUGAUGUUGUGGAUAACAAUGUGGAAGAUACUUUAACUUAUAGUCCUCUGAAUCAAUUCUUCUACAACGAGAACAAAACAGGUAAAGGUUUCAGUCAGGAUGACAUAGUUACCGUCUUACAUCCAGUUAUAGUGGGUGCUGUGAUAACAGCUUCUGAAACAUCGCCUGCUCUGCUACCGAUUUUGGCGAAAGCGAUCAAAUCAAUUUUUCGCGAGCCUGAGACUAUGUACCUCACAGACAAAGUGAGAAACAUCCUGUUUGACGGAAUGGUUGUGAAUUGCAGCGUGUCUGAUUUUGCCGGAAAAGCGGUGUGCUCUCAGCUGAAAAGCCAGCUGCCAGGUCUGACGGAAGUGGAGAAGAAUAUUUUUAAAUUCUCCCUGCUUGGACCGAGGAACGAUACACUGGGGCCUAGGACGAAAAUAAAGCGGGGUAUCCAAAAUUCCAAAGACCUCGGCAGGCUAGUUGAAUUUGGCGGGAAAAAAGAACUGGACCUCUACGACUCCAAGGAGUGCAACAGAUUCCACGGAACUGAUGGGUGGAUUUUUCCUCCAGGAUUAUCUAGGAGCGAAGGUAUUUGGACAUUCUCAGGAGAUCUAUGCAGAAACGUCCAGGCUAAAUUCAUCGAACCUAAACCCUUCAAAGGAGUACCCACAGAUUAUUACGAAGGUGAUCUUGGAGACCAGCAAAACGACCCUGAUGAAAAAUGCUAUUGCCCAACGCCAAAAACGUGCUUGAAGAAGGGCUUAUAUGACCUCACCAAAUGCAUGGGUGUACCGAUAGUGGCUUCGCUACCUCAUUUCCUCAAAGCAGACGAGUCGUUGCUUGAGGGAGUUGAGGGAGUCAGUCCCAACGCGUCCGUUCAUAGUCUAGCUAUCUUUUUUGAAAGGACUCUUGGUACACCCACAAAAGCAGCGAAAAGGAUUCAAUUCAAUUUCCAGAUAAAACCGAAUCCUAAGGUGACCGUCAUGAAUAAUGUCCCUGAAGUGGUUCACCCGUUUUUGUGGUUGGAAGAGACAGUAGAACUGGAGGGGGCGCUGUUGAAGAAAGUCCAAAUGGUCUUCAUCCUGAAGAAGGCGAACUCUUACUUGCGCUGGGUAAUUCUGUUGGCUUGUCUCGGAGGGAUGGGAUUUUCAGGGUAUCUAUACUACCAGAACAAAGAUAAAGGCACCAUCACCCCAAUACACAUGAUCAACAAAAUAAUGGGUAAUACUAAGGAAACUGAAGUGAAAGAUUUCAAUAGUGAAGCGUCCAGCGCAAGAAGUGAUGCUUCUCGUAAAUCAGACAAAACGCACUACGAUAAUCCUGCUUUUAUAAGUGAUCGAGGUUUAGCGUUGGCAGAUAGAGCGAAAUUUUGAAGUAGGUAUUAGUUAUUACUUAUUAAUGUUAUUAAUGAAGAUUACGAAAAUUUUCUCGCUACGACUCUACGUCAAAUUUUUUUGUGUUAUAUCAGCAACGAAUAUGAUUCAUGCGUUCAAAUCAUUAGGGAACUAUUAAUUUCUUAUAUUCACUAUUAACUAUUACUUUCUUGUUUGGGGUGGUUCCGAUGUAUCUUGUUCAUGUGUGGCUGUGGAUACAUAGACGGCAUUCUAAAUUAUUGCCCUCAUUCCUCUUGGUCACUUACUCAUGGGAGAUAUAUUUCACAAAAUUUUCAUUUCGAAACAUCGAAAAGGCGCCCCUUUGGUACUUUGGUAUAUCCCAGCUAUGUAUCUGAGCUCUUUUGGUUAAGUAUCUGUGAUAUAAUAGCAUUUCAAUAGUACGCCCAGGAAAGUAAUAAAAAUAUUGUUCAAUUUUGAAAUUUUCCUUUUCGAGAAUUGAGAAUGGUUGAAGACGACUUUAUUUUGUGGAAUUCUGAGCAUUUCAGUUUUGAUGGUCGAUUUUAGGAUAGUAAUUUUAAAAUAAAGUAAGUUUCGACGGAACUUGAGAUUGUGAUAAAUAGAAACCUAUAUAUAAAACAAUAAUAGGAUACCUAUAUUAUAUGGCAUAGAUUUAGUAAUAUGUAGAAAAGAUAGAUUAUUAUUAAUGGAAACAUUUUAAUGUGUUUACAUUAAUUAGACUUGCAAAUUUUAUUACUUUUGUGGCAAUUAAUAUGUAUAGGUUUUAUGUUGAUCAAUAGUUCACAACUAGAGUGUAUCUAUAGAUAGUUUCAGUCAAUAUAUUGUUCAUUAUUUUGCACUACGUUGUAUAGUUCAAAGGAUAAUUAUUGUAAAAUAUGUAGAUAAAAUAUCAAAUAUAUAAUGACGAUUGAA